AUGGAGAACUUCAGGACUUUCGUUGAUGUGAUCGGAGUGCUCGACCCUACCAAGGCGGAUUUUAUUUCUGAACUUCCGCCGGAGGUGUCGCAGUUAAUCCUACGCAUGUUGGAUCCUCGGUCUCUGCUUUGCGCUGCUAGAGUGUCAGCUGUUGAAGAACCAAUGACGAAGGUACGGAGGGCAGUUCCAGUUCCUGCACAGAAUAAGAGAAGAUCGACAAGAUACAUUACUUCAGAAAUUACAACGACUGCAUCAAUGACUGCAAAGCUAUUAGAAAGCGAUGAUGGAAAGAAAAUUAGUAACUGGACAGCUCGAAAAACAUUAGAAGAAGCCAAUUUUACAACAACUGAAAAGAAAAAUAAUCUACUCUAUGAAAAAAAGAUGUCAAGGCCCGUAUGGACGUUCUUGGUAUCGUGUGACGCAAACAAUGAAAUUUGGUGGUGGUUCACUUAUGGUGUGGGGGUGCAUUACGACGUACGGUGUGGGUUCAUUACAUCGAAUAGAAAGUACGAUACAAUUGAAAAUAUCUCGGUACCAGAGCGUGAUGUUGUGUUCCAACAUGACAACGUUCCUGGUCAUUGUGCGAAGAGCGUGAAGAAUUGGCUACAAACUCAACCAUCUCAAAUCAUGGAAUGGCCUGCUCAAAACCCAGAUAUAAACCCGAUUGAAAAUGUCUGGUCAUACUUAAAAAUGAAGUUAUAA